UCGGUUUCGGACAGAAGAGGAUCCGUCUGUCGAGACUCAGCCGAAGCGAUCUAUCAACACGAGAAUUUGUAGCAGCUUGGGAGGAAAUGGAGGUCGUCGUAAUGGCCUCGCAGGUGCUGCCGGUUUCUUCCUCCGCUGCAGGUUGGUCGCGGAGUACUUUUGCUGCUGCCAAGAGCUCCUCCUCUUCCUGUGGGAAGAAGGCCUUGUGUGUGUCGAGCAGUUCCGCGCGCAAGGGGUUGGAUUUGGGUGCCGAUUUGAGCCUUCAUGGCAAGGGGAUCAGCCAGAGAAUGCCUACUGCUGGAAGGAAACUUCACGUGUCUGCUGCCGUUGCCGAGGACCGGAGAAUCGAGCAGGAGAGUAUGUUGUCCGAGAAGCCUACCACUUUGCUGAGAGAAGGUGAAGAUUCCGACGACAAGAAUGGAUUACGCGCCCGCUUUGAGCAGAUGGUUUUUAGAAUUCAAAAUGAUGUAUGUGCUGCUGUUGAGGCAAUCGAUGGAGGCAAGUUUCGCGAAGAUGCCUGGUCCAGGCCCGGAGGUGGUGGUGGUGUGAGUCGCGUUCUUCAGGGAGGAACCGUUUGGGAAAAGGCAGGGGUGAAUGUCUCAGUGGUGUAUGGAAGCAUGCCACCGGAGGCUUACAGAGCUGCCACAGGAGCUGCCUCGACUAAACCUGGCCGCAUUCCCUUUUUCGCCUCCGGAGUGAGCUCGGUUAUGCAUCCCAUCAAUCCCAUGGCCCCCACUGUGCACUUCAACUACCGCUACUUUGAGACUGACGCACCUGAAGGUGUGGAAGGUGCCCCACGGGCUUGGUGGUUUGGUGGAGGCACUGAUUUGACUCCCUCGUAUUUUUUUGAAGAGGAUGUUAAGCAUUUUCACCAGGUUCAAAAAAAUGCAUGUGAUAAGUUUGAUCCUGCUUUCUACCCGAAGUACAAAAAGUGGUGCGAUGAUUACUUCCUAAUUAAGCACCGAGGCGAGAGACGUGGUCUUGGAGGCAUCUUCUUUGAUGAUCUCAACGAUCGUGAUCCCAACGAAUUACUGGCAUUCGCAACUGCUUGUGCGGAUUCAGUCAUUCCUGCUUACAUUCCUCUCAUAGAGAAGAGGAAGGACAUGGCGUAUACUCAGGAACAAAAGGAGUGGCAACAACUCAGGAGAGGUCGAUAUGUGGAGUUCAACUUGGUUUACGACCGAGGCACUACAUUUGGCCUCCAAACAGGUGGUCGAAUUGAGAGCAUUUUGAUGUCCUUACCCCUCACAGCGAGAUGGGAGUAUGACCACCACCCGGAGGAGGGCACUGAAGAAGCCAAGCUUUUGGAUGCAUGCAAGAAUCCUAAAGAGUGGUUGUUGUGACCUCGCCGUUUUAUUCGUUUGUCUUCUCGCCACUUAGUCCGUCGAAACCUCGUACUGUAGUUAUAAUCAUUGUCGUCGAAAUGUUUAGUUCCACAUUUCGACAGUUUGUCAACUCGUCGGUCUUAUCCUAGAGAUAUGUUGGGGAUUGGGUACACCCUCAAUGGGGAAAACAAGUCAACACUUUCGUGGGAAAGCAGCAGCGUAGAAAGAACGGAACAGCAUGCGAGUCUUUAGGGUCUAAAACAUGCGAAUCAUGUGUAAACAACUUUGAAGACGCGCACUCCUAGAGGAAAUGUAAAGUACAAGAAUGUAAGAAAUGAACGACAUGCACAAAAGGGCUCUUCGUGCUUCCCGCUGCUUAAUUUGUGCCCGAACUGCAAAUUAGAUAUAUGUGAAUCUUACUUGACACCGGAGAAAUGCACGACCUUGGACUGGUCUGAGGCUCCAUUCUGGAAGAAAUACAUGACGGUCGAACUCUUUGUAAAAGACAGCACCUUGAGAGUUGCCUCCAUUGUUGCACUAAGUGCAACUGCGAGGUUCUGCAAUAUCGAGCCAUAAAUUGCUGUUCCAACCAUCGUUGGUGCAAUCUCAUCCAAUUUAUCGAGAAUUCUGGACUGUGAUCCAUCUAAAAUUUUUCAAUAGCUAAAAUCUACCUUCCAGGGCAGACUUCAGGUAGAUACACCUGGAUUGUUUUAAGUUGUGAAACGUCAUCAAUAGAUCUAUGUCGUCACAGGAUUCUCACAACGACGAAUGCAUCUGCCCUGUGACAAGUCGAAGUGUGGCUUCAUGAGUACAAUCCACAAUAAGCUGGAGGAGUCUUCCCGGGUUGUACUUGGACGGGAUUUGACCACAAAGUUGACUGUCUAACGAAAGACCCGAAUACAAUCUAGAUGAGAUAAGAUGAAGGGAUCGUAUGAAUGUGGCAAGAGCGAGGUGGUCGAACAGGUCGCCGGUUGUGUUAUACCUGCCCCAACUAAGUGUGUUCUACCGGGUAGAGUGACGGAGCAAACCGGUUACUACUAACAUCCAACUUUUCGUUCACCUCUGGCAGAAUCUUUGGAGGUAGACGGUGUGCAGUAUCCGGGGGAAAGAAAGGGCAGUCAAUAAUUACAAACAAGGUCGCCCAUCCUUUACACCAGGUCACUGUACGCUACAACUAUUGAGAUCUAACGAUGGAGGAAUACAGUGAGUGGAUUCAUGGGCUUUUGUGAGUGGGAGGUCUGUCUGUUCAUCAGGUCACAACUCUUCUUCUAUCGUCAGGAUGACUGACAACAAUUUAAUGAGUACAUGUACUUUUCAGACUCUGUUAUUCUCUGUCCAAUCCAUACAUUCAUUUGACGGUAGGUUCUGC